GGCACUGUCGGCAAUCUCACACUAUUUCUCUAUAUUCUUAUUCAUAAGCUCUAUCAAAAUUUCAUUUCUUCACACUUUAUCGCACACCUUUGUAUCACAAAUCUCGUCGCUUUACUAGUGCUACUGCCAUUGUUUAUUUACACCAUAUGGACCGGUGUAAAUGUUUUCAAAGCCAGCAACUUCAUGUGCCGACUCCAAGCACUUCUCACCUGCACAGUAUGGACAGUGAUGGCCCUAAUGGCUCUAUGUAUCGCCGGAGUUCAUCUUCUCACAUUUGCCCGAAUUCACUACGAUCAACUAUUCGGCCUACGACCUGGUAUUCUCUGUAUGCUUUCAUGGCUGAUCUCACUGGUUCUUGCGUUGCCUUCCGCUACUAAUGGCCAUAUCGUCAUUUAUGAUGCCUCAUUGAGGCAUUGUGUAUGGGGACAUUCAGAUUCCGGACUCAAGUUCCUUACAUAUCUACUUAUUCUGGGUGUUCUGAUACCAGCUGUAUUCUCAUCUUACGCAUACAUACGCGUUCUUGGCAUUCUCUAUCACAGUCCUAUAGUGUUCCAAUCACUGGGAUUGUACAAGAGUCGAUUUCUUGUCUACGCAUUUUUAUUCAGUCCGUUGUACCAGAUGCCCUUCUAUGCGCUUACGAUGAUGCACGCCAAUCAUUCGUGGCGAAUCCAUUCGGAUUCAUUUUGGCCGGCUAUUUGUAUGUUCAUCGCUUUCACACAAUGUCUCGUCUCACCGGCUCUCUAUGGAGCGAGUUUGUUUAUGAUGAAAGAGGAAGACAUGGCGUUAACAGCACGAACACACAAAGGUGCCACUGGAUAUCAACAUGUACCGUCGCAAAAUAAUCCAGUACAAGCACAGCUCAUCUGAAUUUUCUCUAUUUGUAUUGCAUUUUUUGUCUUUUCCCGGUGCCAAAUAAUAACUAGU